AUGGAUAACCUGCCAGAGGACUGCAUCGCCAAGAUCCUUUCACUGACUUCCCCUGCCGACGUUUGCCGAUCAUCGUGCGUCUCAAGGCUCUUCAGAUCCGCCGCUGAGUCCGACGAUGUCUGGAAUCAGUUCUUACCUUCCGACUUCCCCGCCGGCUUUGCGGCACCUCCGGGUCUUCCCAGCAGGAAACACCUCUUCUUCUCCCUCGUCCACAACCCUGUUCUUCUCCACGACCCCCAAAUGAGCUUUUGGCUGGAGAGAAGGAGUGGAAACAAGUGCUACAUGAUGGGCGCGAGGGCCUUGGAUAUAACUUGGGGACAUGAUCAUAGAUACUGGCAGUGGAUCUCUCUUCCCAACACCAGGUUCACAGAAGUAGCUGAGCUGAACAUGGUAUGGUGGCUUGAAAUCACUGGGAAGAUGAACACAACACUUCUCUCUGAUGACACCCUCUACGCCGCUUUCCUUGUCUUUAAGUGGAACCAUGCUCCCUACGGCUUUCGUCAGCCUGUUGAGGCUUCUCUUGUCUUGUCUGGUACCGAGCCUGAUCACGUUCAGCCUUCCAUGGUGUCUCUCAUGCAGAAUCCGGGCAGCGAACAAGGUCACUCCGCUGAGCUGAGAAGUGACGGUUGGUACGAGGUUGAGUUGGGGCAGUUCUUCAAGAGGAGAGGAGAUAUGGGUCAGAUAGAGAUGAGCCUCAAGGAGACUAAGAGGCCUUUUGAGAAGAAAGGCCUCAUCGUUCAUGGAAUCGAAAUUAGGCCACACCCUUAA